AUGAACCCUGUAGAGAAAAUAUUCAAAGAAUGCUCUAUCGAUACGGAAACCUCGCGACCCCCACCGAACUUUUCAGCAACAACAAACACCUCUGGAAAGCCAGCCGUCACAAUGUCCAAAACAACCUGGAAGGAUAUUCCCGUGGUCCCGACGUCGCAGGAAUUCCUCGACAUUGUCCUGUCCCGCACACAGCGCAGGCUUCCUACGCAGAUUCGUGCCGGCUUUAAGAUCAGUCGUAUUCGGGCUUUCUACACGCGAAAAGUCAAAUACACUGCCGAGACCUUCACGGAGCGCAUUUCCGCCACCAUCAACGGUUUCCCCCGUCUCCAAGAUAUCCACCCGUUCCACCGCGAUCUUUUGAACACUCUCUACGAUGCCGAUCAUUUCAGGAUAGCUCUGGGUCAACUGAACACGGCGAAGUCGCUGAUCGAAGCCGUGUCGCGAGACUAUGUGCGCUUGAUCAAGUAUGGACAGUCUCUGUUUCAAUGCAAACAGCUCAAGCGCGCAGCCUUGGGUCGCAUGGCCACAAUUUGCAAGCGUCUAAAAGAUCCCCUUGUUUACUUGGAGCAAGUUCGACAGCAUUUGGGCCGUCUACCCGCCAUUGACCCCAACACCCGUACCUUGGUCAUUUGCGGCUACCCCAAUGUCGGAAAAUCCUCCUUCUUGAAGAGCAUCUCAAGGGCCGAUGUUGAUGUCCAGCCCUACGCUUUCACAACCAAAAGUUUGUUCGUAGGCCACUUCGACUACAAGAUGUUACGCUUCCAGGCUAUCGAUACCCCCGGUAUCUUGGAUCACCCGCUCGAGGAAAUGAACACCAUUGAACAUCAGAGUAUUUGUGCUAUUGCUCAUCUCCGCGCUGCUAUCAUGUAUUUCAUGGAUCUUUCCGAGCAGUGUGGAUACUCUGUGUCUGCCCAGAUCUCUCUUUUCAACUCUAUUAAACCCCUUUUCGCGAACAAGUUAGUAUUCAUCGUGAUCAACAAGAUCGAUCUUACGAGACCCGAGGAUCUCGAGCCCGAACUCCAAGAACAGCUCAAUGGAAUACUCAAGACUGGUGAAGUAGAGCUUCUCCAGCUUUCUUGCACAACGACCGAGGGCGUAAUGGGCGUUCGUAACUCUGCUUGUGACCGAUUACUUGCAGCCCGUAACGCCGAGAAGCUGAAGGCCGGCACAAACAGCUCAGGCGAGCCCACUGGCCGUCUCGGCGAUCUUCUCCGGAGAAUUCAUGUUGCUCAACCUAUGGGCGGUGUCACGCGUGAGACCUCUAUUCCUGAGGCUGCUCUAAACAGGAAGAAGUACGACCCCAACGACCCAGACCGACCUAGGUUGGAGCGUGACAUUCAGGAAGAAGAGGGAGGCGCAGGUGUCUACAACUUCAACAUGCGCAAGAAUUACAUCUUGGAGAACGAUGAGUGGAAGGAGGACCGCAUCCCCGAGGUUUUUGACGGCAAGAACGUGUAUGACUUUGUUGACCCAGAUAUUGAAGCCAAGCUUGCCGCUUUAGAGGAGGAAGAAGAGAAGCUUGAGGCCGAUGGCUUCUACGAGUCCGAGUCGGACAUUGAGGACGACGAAGAAGCCGAAAUUCGCUACAAGGCUGAACUCAUCCGCGAGAAGAGGCAGCUCAUCCGCAAUGAGGCCAAGAUGCGCAAGAGCCUGAAGAAUCGCGCGCAGAUCCCCCGAUCCGCCAAAGCGCAAAAACUCUCCAAGAUGGAGUCUCAUCUCGAGAGCCUCGGAUACGACACUACCAAGGUUGCCGAUCGUGCGCGCAGCCAGAGCCGUGGUCGCAGCGUUUUGCGCGAACGCUCGGAUGGCUUGGGUGGUGGCGAUGCGAUGGAGAUUGACACGCCCAAGGCCAACCUCGAGCGGGCGAAGAGCCGCGGAAGGGAGCCAAGCACGAACAGGAGGACGGAUGGUGUUACUGACGACAUGACCCGCAGCAACGCUGAGAGGCUGGCUAAGCUGUCACAGAAGAAGAUGAACAGGAUGGCCCGACAGGGUGAGGCUGAUAGGCAUCAAACCGGAUCCCUCAUCAAGCACUUGGUUGCUGGAAAGCGUGGCAUGGGCAAGACGCAAAGGCGCUAG